AUGCCCUGGUCAAUUGACGUAACUGAUAAGAGUAUAGUGUUAUCUUGUCUACUGUACACAUGCUACCUCAAUCAAGAAUCUAAUGGUUGCAACUGCAUUGGAGCAAGUCUCUUUGGUGAGUUGAGAUUUCAAACAAUCAUGGAGAGAAGUAACAUGGCCCCUCGCGGCAUGGUGGUGACGCCCCAUCAUCUAGCCACCCAAAGCGCCUUAAACGUGCUGAAAGAGGGAGGCACAGCGAUUGAUGCAGCGGUGGCCGCCGCAGCGACCCUAGCAGUCGUCUAUCCUCACAUGAACAGCAUAGGGGGAGAUGGUUUCUGGCUUAUUAUACCACCGAACGCCGAACCAUUCGUCAUAGAAGCGUGCGGGGCUGCCGGGCGACUAGCGAAAAAAGAUUUCUAUAAAGACUACGCUGAAAUACCACAAAGGGGCCCAAAGUCAGCGGCCACUGUCGCAGGAACCGUCGGAGGGUGGCACGAAGCUCUUCACUAUGUCACAGAAUCAGGCUACCGAAAUUUCUCACGUUCAAAACUUUUAGCAGACGCGAUCUACUACGCUGAACAUGGCUUUCCCAUAUCCACCUCCUUGGCAAUUUUUUUAAAGGAUUUCUACGAGACCGAGAGUCCGUCCAAUGAAUUUUUAGAAAUAUUUGCACCUAAUGGAGAAAUUCUGAAAGUCGGCGAUAAAUUAUACCAACACAAAUUAGCGAAAACUCUUAAAACUUUAGCUGAGGAAGGCUUCAACAGCUUCUAUGAUGGAAAGCUGGCUGAGCAAAUAGCAGAAGAUAUGGAAAUUCUGGGUAUGCCUAUCACAUUGGAAGAUCUGAACACUUAUGCUGCUGUAAGGAAAGAACCUCUUCGUCUUCAACAUUCUUUUGGAGAAAUACUCAAUGUGCCUCCUCCUACACAGGGAGUAGUUUCAUUGGGUAUACUUGGAAUUUUAGAUCAAUUGCGUAUAAAAGGUGACCAUGAAGGUACAUUUAUACAUGCUGCAGUCGAAGCAACAAAGCAAGGAUUUUUGUUAAGGGACGAACACAUAACAGAUCCUUUAUAUAUGGAAGUAGACGCAAACUUUCUGUUAUCACCGGAAAAUAUUAUCAGAAUGGCAAAGAAUGUCGACGCACAUCAGUCUGCAACGAUCACGAAGUGCAAGGGCCCAGGGGAUACAGUGUGGUUGGGAGUGAUGGACAAUAAAGGAUAUUCAGUUUCGUUCAUACAAAGCGUGUACCAUGAUUUCGGCAGUGGCGUCAUUCUUCCAAGGAGUGGCAUCCUGUGGCACAAUAGAGGAGUGGCGUUUUCACUGAAAAAGGACCACAUUCUGUCAUUAAAACCAGGUAAAAAACCAUUCCAUACGUUGAAUCCUGCUGCCGCCGUAUUGAACGAUGGUAGAGUCAUGAUAUAUGGCACUCGCGGUGGUGAUGGACAACCUCAAACUCAAGCUGCUGUAUUCCACCGAUAUGUAGUGCAAGAUUUGAAUUUACAGAAGGCUGUUUCAGCUCCUAGAUGGCUGUACGGUGAAACACUCACUAAAGGGGUGGACACUUUGAAAUUGGAAGAUAGAUUUGAUAAAAACACUGUCGAAUAUUUAAAAGAAAGAGGUCACAAGGUUGAAAUUCUAGAACAAUUUUCUGAAAAAAUGGGCCAAGCUGGAGCACUUGUCAGACACACCAAUGCAGUGAUGGAAGGGGCGUUUGACCCUCGUGGCGAUGGGAGUGCGGCAGGAUUUUAA